AUGGACGCAACGAACAUCCCCAUCACCGAGGACGAGAUGGACGUGGUCGACCAGGAGGACACCAGCGACUCCUGGUUCGACGAGAUGUUGAGGGUGACGACGACCAUCAAGGAGAGGCCGGCGGACACCCUGUCGACGAGGGGAGCACUAGCUCACGCGUGUGCCGCAGCCCUCACCCUCGCAGGCCCGAAGGAUGCCGCUUCGGAGCAAGCGAUCGUGGGCGCUCUCUCAGACUUGGCUCAGGGGGCCAUGGAGCCCGAGGCAGGAACGCCCCAAGCGAAGGAGCCCAUCGCCGCCGCUCCCGCACCACCAGCUCCCGCAACACCGGUGACGCCAGCCGUCCCAGGACAACGGACCGCUCCGGAUGCAAUAAUGGCACCCGCGGUGCCCACCGCUCGUGCGGGGCCCGCGAAGCCAAUCUCCGCUGCGGCUCAGGGGAAUCCCAGGACCAGCGGCGCUCGGCCUGCAGGGGCUACACCGCAACCUCGGCGGCCAACUCUAGAGCGGGCGUGUUACAGCUGCGGGGAGACCGGUCACCGCUACUCCGAUUGCCCGCACGGCCCACCAACAUCCACCUUUUGCCGCCGCUGCGGACGCAAGGGGAAGACGUUGGCUACCUGCCCGUCCUGCAGCCAGGGCUGGCGACAGCGCGGGCCAUACGUUCCGCGGGCCGGCCGAAACGUGCCCCGAGAGGAGCUGAAGGCUCUGCGGUCGGAGAGACCUCGGUCUCGAAGACCAAGGGGACCUAAGGCGUCCCUCGGUGGUCCGCCGAAACCACCGGCUAUCGGUUCCGUCAGGGGAACCAACGGGGAUAGGGCUUGCCCGAAACCCUGA